AUGGCCUCAACUUUCGGAGACUGUUCAGUCUUGUCUGCUGUUGUUUUACUCAUGUCAAUGUGCAUAUGCUUUACUCAGUUGUUGGCGUUUUCAGUUGCCGAAGCAAUCCCUUCCGGCUUUAGUGUGAACCUGAUACACCGUGACUCCCCAGUCUCCCCGCUGUACAACCCUCUUGAAACCCGGUUUGAUCGCUUGUACAGUGCUUACAACCGCUCUAUCUCUCGCAUCAAUCGUUUCAGGCCAACGACUCCAAAGGCAGUCCAGUCGGAUAUAGUACCAAGCGGUGGAGAAUAUUUCAUGGAAAUUUUCAUCGGAACCCCACCAUUUUCGGUGCUUGGAAUAGCCGAUACUGGCAGUGAUCUCACCUGGGUUCAGUGUGAGCCUUGUGAAGAAUGUUACGAGCAAAAGCCUCCUCUCUUUGAUCCCAGGAAAUCCUCCACAUACAAGAACGUUCCAUGUGAGUCUAAUCCCUGCAAUGCAUUGGAUAGCUCUGACAGAGUAUGCGACCAAGAGCAGAACGCUUGUAAAUACAACUACUCCUAUGGAGACCGCUCCUUCACCAAAGGAAACGUUGCCCUUGAAAAGUUCACCAUUGGUGUGUCUACUCGCAAUCCAGUUUCCUUUCCAAACCUGGUGUUCGGCUGUGGACACAACAAUGGCGGCACAUUCGAUGAUGUAGGUUCUGGGAUUGUUGGACUUGGUGGAGGUCCCCUUUCUCUAGUCAAACAAUUGGGUAAAUCUAUACGUGGGAAGUUUUCCUACUGCCUGGCUCCCACUGCAGCGGAAUCAAAUGCUUCAAGCACGAUAAUAUUCGGUACCGCAACGGAAUCUAAUAUAAAUGCUAAUGCUGUUUCAACCCAUUUAGUUGACAAAGAUCCCUCGACAUAUUACUACCUAACAUUAGAGGCUGUCAGUGUUGGAGACGAAAGGUUGGCCUACGGCGGAUCAUCUUUAUCACCAACGGAGAAAGGCAACAUCAUCAUCGACUCCGGGACAACAUUGACCUUCCUGGAGUCAGAGUUCUUUAACGGUCUUGAAUCCGCCGUGGAGGACGCAAUUGGGGCCAAACGAGUGAGUGACCCCAAGGGUCUUCUCAGCCCUUGUUUUGAAGUAGAAACAGGUAAGGGCAUCGAUCUUCCCAUAAUCACAGUUCAUUUUAGUGGUGCGGACGUGAAGUUGCAGCCAUGGAACACAUUCGCCCAAGUACAGGAAGACAUGGUGUGCUUAACCAUCAUACCAUCCAAUGAUAUAGCCAUUUUUGGGAAUCUGUCUCAGAUGGAUUUCUUGGUCCGCUACGACCUUGAAGAGAGGACUGUCUCCUUCACGCCAACCGAUUGUAGCAACCCUUAG